CAGUGCAGAGCCCAGCAUGCCAGGCAAUGAAGACUGCUAGUGUGUCCUUCCCUGCUCUUUUCUCAUGUCCCUGAGCAUUGGAGAAGAGGACUAGGGUUACCUGGGAGGGCAGAUUAGUGCCUGAAGUGGAGAUUCUUCUGGGACUUUCUCCUGUUGGUGAGAACCCGAGAAGGAAGAGCAGCCCACUGACCAGGAAGCACAGCUUCCCAGAGCCCAGACGGUGGCUUUCUAGCCUGUCUGGACCAUGGAGAGCAGCCCUCAGAAGCGUUGCUGAUGGCUGUUAGGAAGGGAGUGUCCUUAGUGACUUGUAUUAAGCAGUGGUAAGGCGGGACUCAGAGAGCCCUAGGAGAGGUCGUGAAGGAGGCCCCAAGUGCCCUUGGGCAGGACCCACUGCCUUUGCUUAAUCUUUCCAGACUUGGAAACUUUGGAAUGAGCACGUGGCCCUACCUCUUUGGACCCUCACGCUGUUCCCCCAUGCAGAAGGUCUAGGGCCGCUAUCUGACAUCUCUUCUUCAAAAUCCACCUUUCUAAAGCAAACUCACCAUCGAAAGAUGGUUGUGGCAGACCAGUUAAAUGAGGCAGAAGACAACCUGCAAGAAACACAGUGAAGCUGCUAUGAAGGAUGACAAAGUUCUCCACGUUCGUACUUGGAAGGCUCUCCAAGGUACACCAAAUAAAAAAGGCAAGUCCAUGUAAAGUCUAUUAUCGUUUACAUAAAAUGGGGGUGUAGAUUCCUAGAUGCCCCCGUACACAUGGGAAUGCUCUGGGAAAAUUAAUCGGCGACUAGUAGCCAUUGUCACAUAGGCCUGGGGACAAAAUGGGAAGAAGACUUGCUUUUCCUUUCCCCUUGGUAUCAAGAGACUUUUAAGAGAAAUAAAUCUACGUGAGCCGGGGAUUAAAAUCAGGUAGGGGCUGCAUGUACAGCUGCUUCCACUGUGUGUUUGAGCAUCGCCCAUUGUACAAACCUUGUCCUUGCAGACUCUGCUCUGGCGGCCCCUUCCUAUGGGGACGAGCCCCAUGUGCCCGCUCUUGGGGGUCUCUGUGCUGUGCUGGUGAAGCAGUGUCCCAGCUGUGGUCUUAGGGGCUCCCUGCACCCCCCACUAGACUGCCAAACCUUCAAGGGGCGGAAGCUUUGUCCAAUGAGAGAAGAAUCUGCCCUCUUCCCCCAAAACAAACAACAUCUCAGCAUUUAAUGAACACAUAGGUCCGUUCCAUUAAAUUUUUAGAAUAAUAUAGUAUGUUGCAUUUGGGUUUUUUUUUCACCCAGCAUAAUUUUGGGGGGUUCAUCCAUGGUGCUGUAUGCAUGCAUAGUUGUUUUUUUCCUAUUUUUGUUGCUUUGUGGAAAUGCACCACUUGUUUUAUCACUGCCAUAACACGCUAUCUGGGCUGUGUUCUGUUGCCUGCAGUGAAUGAUGCCACAGUGAACCUUCUCGUGCAACUACCUCUUGGUGCACAGGGGCCUCCGUUUCUGUAGAGUAGACAGACUCUUGGGAGUCAUUUGCCUGGUCAUCUGCUCAACUGCAGUGGAUGCUGCCCAACCAAAAACCCCCUUCAGGCAAGGAGCAUGUCUUUACACAACUGCUUCACCGUCACCCCGUGCCGGUCCCCGCUACACGGCCGCUCCGCUUUCCUCUCCAACCUCCAGACAGCUGUGGGCCUGUCCAUGCUUCUCCGGACACCAAGAAGCCUGUCUAUUUUUAGGCAGAAAGGGAAGAGUGGUCAGUACUUUCUGCCCACAGCCUUAUUCAGUAGAGCAGAGAAAUGUGCUCAUUUCGGAUUAGUGUCCAAAACCUAUAAAUGUUCCGUUUUGUGCCUUUUCCGCCCCACUUCAUUCUGUCACUCAUCAGACUCGCUCUCCUCCACAGGAGGACGGGGAGAUCUGAGGGGACCUGAAAGGAUGAGGGUCCUCUUUCUUUUCGCUGUUCUCUUCUGUGUGGUCCAAACCAACUCAGGGGAUAUUCCACCUGGAAUUAGAAAUACAAUCUGCCUCAUGCAACAUGGGACCUGCAGGCUUUUUUUCUGCUAUUCUGGUGAGAAAAAGGGUGACAUUUGCUCCGAUCCCUGGAAUAGGUGCUGCGUGCCACACAGACAGGAAGGAGAAAGAGAGACGCCAGAGAUGGUUGGCAGACCUGGGAUCUAAGACGUAUGCUCCUGGAAGGCAGAGAUUUGAAGUAUUCCGAGGGCUGGCUUGAGGAAAUGUGUGGCUUGUUGGCGGCGGUGCUCAAUAAAUGUUUGUUGAAUGAAUCUAGCACCCAAGGUGAAGGUCUGAUGAAAGAAUUUUCUUAAAAGCUUCCUUUUCUUGCCAUUUUGUGUUUUGUUUUGUUUUUUAUUUCAAGGCUUCCCAGAAUUUUGUAAAGUUCCACUUUCUUUUCCUAUUCCAGGGACUAUCUCUUACCUAUCCAGGGAUGCUGAUAGACUAGAAACUGAGCUAUAAACUUAGUUUCAGAGGGACAGAAAUGAAACCGAUCUGCAAGUCUCUUUUCCACCUAGUGAUAUCUUGUCACACCGGGCACUCGCCUUCUCCUGCUUAUUCACCCAGACUGUGACAAACCUUAGGGUACGUUUUCCGGAGCCUCCUCAAGGAAUAACACCAACAGAUCACAUUUUGAUAGGAUUGUAUUGUUAUCAAACUUUGCUCUUAGAUUAUCUAAGCGCUGAUUAGUAACAGUCUUACGGAGUGUGUAAUAAUAAGGCAUGAACAGGUCCGUUUUAGGGGUGGAAGGAAAAUGAAAAUCAUGAGGUUAACCAUGCCAUUCCUACGUGGGACUCUGGCAUGCCUAAUCAAUCGAGUGUUCACUCUUCCACGUUACUUCUAAAGAACAUAUUUCUGAGCAACUGAAGCAAGGUAGAGUCAUCGUUCAUGAAGAUUCCUUAGUGAUCAACACCCUUUUCCUCCUUACUUUUCUCUGGAUCUUGCUCAAGUUUGUUGAGCCAGUCAUCCCAAGCAUAGUGCAUAUUAAUUACAGAUAAGAAAUGUAAAAAAUAAUAAAUGUGCUGACAUAGAAGAGACCAUGUGCCAAGCUUUCUCUAGACUAACAGAUGGCUUGAUAAGAUACUUUGUUUUCAUAUUUCUGUUGGCUGCCUGAAUCCAGUUUGCUCCUGAAGAAGCUGAACCUGCUUUUUAAGAGUCACCUAGAAUAUACACUUCGGAGUUCCCGUCUGCGAUUCCCAGCUGAGGUUGCAGUACAUAUUUGGCAUCAUGCCUUUGGCCUCUCCCCAGCCUCUUCUAAAUCCACUCUCAUUUUUUAUUUUCUAAAUAUAGUCAGACCCCUGGGACUGCACAGAGGGGACGUCUCCGCAGCACAGGCAUCACUGUAGAGCCCGCUCUCGUGCCCCCGGGGCAGAGCACGUGCUCCAAACCUGGCUGGAGUAAGCACCUGCCUGGGAGUGCUCUGGCCUCUGCUCAGCCUGUGCUCCCGUGGGAAGCACAGCAAAUGCCGGCGCCUCAGGGUGGGAGGAGGUUCUCAGCAGGGAGUGCCAUCACUCCAGCGACAGAUCUGCUCACCAGGACUGGAAAAUAACAGGAAGCGGUGGCCUGAGCUCUCUGCCAGGUGAGGCGAAGGGUCCAUCCCGUCCCAUGAACUUGUCACAUGAGGAUCUCUUAAGGAACCCUGGGCAGAGCCCAGGACUGGCCAACAGGGGAUUUUCAAGCGGCCUUAAGCUGGGUUGUCUAACAUUUUCAAGGUGGAAACUGGGCCUGGUAUGGUCUCCGUUGUGAAAAAUGUUAUCUUCCUCUAAUGUGAGAUUUCUCUGAAAUGCUAUUUAUUUUUCAAAGCCUGAAAAAUACCUUGACCAAGAGG